CCUAUGAAGUAUAAACUGUCUCCAAGAAAAAUUCUUAAAAUUCUCAGCUCUAGUUGGUAAUGGCAAAUUGGAAACAGCUAGAAGUUCAUACAGAGGAUCAAACUCCUCAAAAAUGGAGUGUUUCAUUAAGUGAGGACAUGUUCAAAAGAUUUUUUGCCCUGGGAAGUCCAGUAGUGCAUAGGAGUUUUGGUGACGGAUCACUGUUCAGUCCAUUGUUGUUUGGAAAAUAUUUCGAUCCUUCAGAUGCCUUUCCACUUUGGGAGUUUGAGUCAGAUGUCUUGUUAUCUAAUCUUCGGAGCUCUGGCAAGACUAAUAUUGAUUGGUUUCAGACAGAUGAUGCCUAUGUACUAAAAGCUGAUUUAUCAGCAGGACUGGAGAAUAAUACCGUGCAAUUCUUCGUCGAACAUGGGAAAAUCAUGGAAAUUAGUGGUCAGUGGAAACCGAAAAGAGAUCAGUCGAAAACGAAAGACUGGAGAAGUGGCAACUGGUGGGAAUAUGGUUAUGUUAGAAGGCUUGAGCUUCCAGGAGAUGCUGAUUGGAAAGAUACCGAGGCGUAUGUGAGGAAUGACUUGUUUCUAGAAGUAAGAAUUCCCAAGAGCUCUCUGGAUUCUGAUACUCCUCCAGCUCCAGGAAAAGGCAUCCUGGCCAAAAUUUCUGAUCAUCUGUAAGUUUUAAGUGAGUCGCGAAUGUAAGAAAUUAAACUUUACAAGGUAAUGUUACUCCUAAUUCCUAGCAUAAUGAAAUCUCUUACAUCAUUAGAGUAAA